CGUUUCCCGGCUUGCAUUGGGUGCUGAUGUCUUGGCCACGUCCCCAGGCCACGUCGCGCUUUACUCGCCAUUUUCCCAUCUUCUGUAGCGAGAAAUCGCCUUUUUUUCUGGUGUCAGUGUCACUCGGCACCGCUGGAACGUAAAUUAUCCCCCGGACGGAGCUCUUUCUAGAGACGGAGAUCCACUCGCCCCCGCGCAGCUUCGCAGAAACAUGAACAUUUUCAGACUAACCGGCGAUCUCUCCCAUCUAGCAGCCAUCAUCAUCCUGCUGCUAAAAAUAUGGAAGACCAGGUCCUGCGCCGGUAUUUCUGGCAAGAGUCAGAUCCUGUUUGCCUUGGUAUUCACCACUCGCUACCUGGACCUGCUCACUUCCUUCAUCUCUCUUUACAACACCACAAUGAAGAUAAUCUACAUCGGAUGUGCGUACGCCACCGUGUACCUGAUCUACGUGAAGUUCAAGGCCACUUACGAUGGGAACCAUGACACAUUCAGAGUGGAGUUUCUGGUCGUCCCCGUUGGAGGCCUGGCAUUCCUGGUAAACCACGACUUCUCUCCACUGGAGAUCCUGUGGACGUUCUCCAUCUACUUGGAGUCGGUGUCCAUCUUGCCCCAGCUUUUCAUGAUCAGCAAGACCGGCGAGGCCGAGACCAUCACCACCCAUUACCUGUUCUUCCUGGGACUCUACAGAGCCCUCUACCUCAUCAACUGGAUAUGGCGCUUCUACUUUGAGGGAUUCUUCGACAUGAUCGCCAUCGUCGCCGGGGUGGUUCAGACCAUCCUCUACUGCGACUUCUUCUAUUUGUAUGUAACAAAAGUACUGAAAGGAAAGAAGCUGAGUCUGCCCGCCUAAGUGCCAAAGAGGAGUGUUUUGGCAGACUCACAGAGGGGGAACCGGGGGGUGGGGGGUCGUUGGUAGGGGACACCACUGCCCCCCCUCCCACCCAUCCACCCCCCGCAACCACUUCCUCCUCUCCCCCCCUCCCGCCAGCGUAAGAUGCCUGAGACAGAGAGCGAAUGGGAGCUGCACCUUCUUCUGAUCCAGAACAAGUGGAAUCAGAGCACAUCUGCAGAGGCCGGUCCGUGGCCUUCGGAUUUCUGUUUGAUGCAUCUUGCCUUAACUUUUUUUAUUACUCUGUAUAAAGGAAGAAAAAAAAAAGUGAGAAAAGUUUUCUACAUGAAAAAUGUGUACUCUUACGAUUUGACACACAUUAGUGAAUAUGAGCUGAAAAUGUAAAAUUGCCUAUGAUUUGGCACUGUAUGAUAUUGAAGGGGACUUCUUGUGGUGGGAUAUUAUUGAUUCAAUCGUUUGUAAUAGUAUUUGCAAUCUAAAUAAAUGUGCAUUGUUUUUUUUUCUGAAUAAGUUUCACAGGAAUAUCGGAUCCCCAUAGCUUUGGUAGGCAAGUCCCCCUCCCCUCCUAAAUUUGACCUUAUUUACAUUCCUAUGUAUAAAGGCCAUCUCUUAGUUUUCCAUGCCCUUGUUAGAACAUAAAUUUGAUAUAGAUGAUAUGACUUCCAAGUUCUUUUGUUGAGAAUGGAACUUCCUGUAACUAUGGAGUUAAAUAUAUUUUUUGUGCUGAUGCCUCCAAAGACAUGUUUUCAUUCACGAGUAUGGAUUUCCUUUGCCUGUUUUAUGUCCACACAUGAGCAGAGUGCUCAUUAGGAGAGGAAUCCAAGCUGUGACAAACGGUGGAGGCAAAGGAUUGAAACGUGAUCCAUGCAUCCCCAUCGCUGUAAAUGGCUUCUCUUCAUUUGAAUAAUCCAUUCAUUACACCAUUUGUGGUAUAUCACCUGUAAUUAUACUUAAAUGCCUGGCCCAUUCAUUUCAAAAAGCUCCUUUAUUGUUUCUAUGAGUAAAUUCACUGGAAGGGUAUCACAUGUGGAUGAGCACUACAGAAGUCUUGUAGUUACCAGUGUUUUUUUUUUUUUUUUUUUUUUUUUUUUUUUUCCAGUUUCCAAUGAACAAUGUCCAUAGAAUUGCCUACAUGAUGUGCAUAAUUAUAAGCUCAGAAAACCGUGUUGUUGGAAAUGAGCAUAAUCCUAUGGACAUUGUUACAUCAGA